AUGGCUGCUAACGUAAACAACGUGGAUGUUAUCUUCGAUGUAGAUCCAAGUAAAGUCCCUUCUUGUCCACACGGCCCAACUCUACUGUUUGCCCGUUAUGGUGAAAAAGGAAAGAAUACAAAAAGAUUCUAUGCAUGCUCUGCAUGCCGUGAUCGAAAGGAGUGCAAUUUUUAUCAAUUGGAAGAUGAGAAAGUGUCUGCAGUUCGAUUGGAAGCAAGGAAAGUCAUUAACAAACAGUUUCAACCACGCUUCACCCACACAAAAUUCAUGCAAAGGCUGAAGAUAUUUCGUGAAUGUUCAGUUAUUGACCGGAUAAUGUGCCAGACAUGUGCUCUACUACUUAUGCCAACUGAACGAAAACACCAUAACAGUAGUUCUCAUACUCUUGUGAGGUCAGUUACAGAUGAACUGCUUGACCAACCAACAAAAUUGUUUUGCUCCCAGAGCAAAGACAAAGUAUUUGCUCAAUACCUGUUUACCAAAUCAACUAUUUCCUUCAUGAUGGAUACAUUUAAAAAGCAGAACAUCACCCAUGUUUUGUGUAUUGGAGUCCCAAGCAUUCAUGAAACAAUACAGACCCAGAGUGAAUUGAAGCUGUGUAGUCUCCUCAUGGAUUUGGACUACAGAUAUAUGCAAGUUUACCCGCCAGAUAAGUUUUGCUAUUACAACAUGUUCAACCAUUACUUCUUCGACAAUUCAACCUCGGAAAAAACAUUUAAGGAAUUCAUUACUGCCAAUGAUUCUUCCAAAAAGUUGGCUGUAGUUGUGGACCCACCAUUUGGAUGCUUGGUUGAUGUCAUGGCACAUUCUCUACAGAAAAUAAUUAACAUCUGGCAAGAACUGUCAAAAAAUGCCAAUGGAACGAUUUUGCCAAUUUUCAUGUUCUUACCUUAUUUUAUGGAAAAGAAGGUUCUAGAAGCUCUUCCAUCAUUCUUCAUGUUGGACUACAAAGUUGCUUAUAUGAAUCAUUCUGUGUUCAAUGCAGCCAAAUCCAAAACAGGAUCUCCUGUGAGGAUCUUUACCAAUGUCAAGCCCCAUUUGGUUUCCCUGCCGACUAAAGAUGGUUAUUGGUUUUGCAAAGUUUGUCAUCGCUUCUCUGCUCCAGAGAACAAACAUUGUAAUAAAUGCAAAAAGUGUUCCUCUAAGGAUGGCCAUACGUAUAUUCAUUGUGAUCUAUGUAAGAAAUGUGUGAAACCAAGUAAAGUCCAUUGUGGAGUUUGUCAACAUUGUGAAUUGCCAGACCACAGGUGUGGAUUUGAGAAGACAGAAAGUGCUUGUCAUAUAUGUGGAGAACUGGGACACAAAAGAAAACAAUGCCCUCAAAACAAAUCCAACUUUGAAAAUAAGAAGCGGUUGAGCUCCAUUGGAGAUGAAAAUAAACCAAGAAAAAAGAAAAAGAAGACAAAAAAUACUUCAAUUUAA